AGUGGACACAGCAGCGUAAUAAAAAUCACUUUUUAAAGUUACAUUCGCGAUUAGUGAUUACCCCCAAACGCUCCCUUAACCCACCCAAACCCCAAAUCUGAAAACCGUCCUAUUCGUCGUUCGAAUUAGGGGCAUCUCUGAACUGGAACAACCAGAUGCCAGCGAUUUGAGCGAUGCACAGUCAAGAAGAAGCUGCGUAGUGCGUUUGCGUUUCGUUCUUCCAAAUGGCGGUUUCCGACAGUCCCAGCGGCGGCUCCACGCCACCUCAUCAGGAACAACAAGCCAACAGCAAGUACGGUUUCACCAAGCCCCUCUCUCUCGCGGGUCCCACCGACGCUGAUCUCCAGCGUAACAACGAUUUGGACAAGUUCUUGCUCGAUUCGGGUCUCUACGAGAGCAAUGAAGAAUCCGCUGCGAGGAAAGAGGUUCUUCACCGCCUUGAUCAGAUUGUGAAAAGCUGGGUGAAGCAGUUGACGCGCCAACGUGGCUACACAGAUCAGAUGGUAGAGGAUGCAAAUGCUGUCAUUUUUACUUUUGGCUCUUACCGACUAGGGGUUCAUGGACCUGGAGUUGACAUAGACACUUUGUGCAUUGGUCCUUCUUAUGUAAACCGAGAGGAAGAUUUCUUCAUCAUUUUGCAUAACAUCCUGGCCGAAAUGGAAGAAGUUUCUGAACUUCAACCAGUUCCUGAUGCACAUGUUCCAGUAAUGAAAUUCAAAUUCCAGGGAAUAUCUAUAGAUUUGCUGUAUGCAAGUAUAUCACUUUUGGUUGUGCCAGAAGACCUAGAUAUCUCGCAUGGUUCAGUGCUGUAUGAUGUUGAUGAACCAACUGUUCGAAGUCUUAAUGGCUGCCGUGUGGCAGAUCAAAUUCUUAAACUUGUUCCAAAUGUUGAGCACUUCCGAACUACACUGAGAUGUUUAAAGUUUUGGGCAAAAAGGCGUGGUGUUUAUUCAAAUGUUACUGGAUUCCUUGGUGGUGUAAAUUGGGCUAUUUUAGUUGCUCGAAUUUGCCAGCUCUACCCCAAUGCAAUCCCUAGUAUGUUGGUUUCUCGAUUCUUCAGGGUCUAUACACAGUGGCGGUGGCCAAACCCUGUAAUGCUAUGCUCUAUAGAAGAGAAUGAACUGGGAUUCCCUAUAUGGGAUCCUCGUAGAAACCCCCGGGACAGAUUUCACACUAUGCCAAUAAUUACUCCUGCAUACCCUUGCAUGAAUUCAAGCUACAACGUUUCGGCAAGUACUCUUCGUGUUAUGGUGGACCAAUUCUGCUAUGGCAAUAAGAUUUGUGAUGAAAUUGAGCUUAAUAAAGCCCAGUGGAGCGCACUUUUUCAGCCUUAUAUUUUUUUUGAGGCAUACAAAAACUAUUUACAAGUGGACAUAAUUGCAUCAGACACGGAUGAUUUACUAGCAUGGAGGGGAUGGGUAGAAUCUCGGUUGAGAAUGCUUACCCUGAAGAUAGAGCGAGAUACAAAUGGGAUGCUGCAGUGCCAUCCUUACCCACAUGAGUAUGUAGACACAUCCAAGCCAUGUGCACAUUCUGCAUUUUUCAUGGGCUUGCAAAGGAAAGAGGGAGUAAGAGGUCAAGAGGGGCAGCAAUUUGAUAUACGUGGAACAGUUGAUGAAUUCAGACAAGAAAUAAAUAUGUACAUGUACUGGAAGCCAGGGAUGGAUAUUUUUGUUUCUCAUGUUCGUCGAAAGCAACUCCCUGCAUUUGUUUUUCCUGAUGGUUACAAACGCACUCGAAUGCCAAGGCAUAUAAGCCAUCAAGCUGAAAUAACAGGUGAUGAUGCCACAAACUGCUACUCUGGGCCUGGAUUGUCUGAAAGAUGCAUCAAGAGGAAAAAUUACUCUGAAAUGGUGGAUAAGAAGCCAGACAAACCAGAUAAGCGGGCAUCUAUAAGCCCACAAAGGUUAGAAUGUGUUUCUCCUGAAAGUUGUACUGGUAAAUCAGGUGGUACAGCUCAAAUGAGUAUUGAGUGUAUUAAAGGGGUUAGGUUAGCUGGUUCAACAACCAAGGAUGCUAACAGCAAUUGUAAAAUUAAGUCAUCUGAUGCACUCCCUGGAAGUGGACUAAGAACUGAGGUAGCUGACAUGCAGAUUAGUGAAGCAGGCUUUGUUAACACUACACAUGAUAUGUUGAAAUCAAGGAGUGUUGAAGUUCCAAAUGAGAAUGAAGUUGUCAAUGGGGACAAAGCUCAGGAUCUGGCUUUAGAUUGCUUGGAAAGUGCAGAAACUGAAUCUACUAACAGCCUGUCAAACUAUGAAGAGGGUGAUAUUGAUAUGGAUCAGCGACUAGACAAAGCAUGUAAUUUCAUCACAAGGGCUGAAUGUUCAGAUUAUGUACCAAAUGCCAGCUCCCAGAACCUCAAUUGCGAGGGUGAUGUUUGUGUGGCUGAUCCAGAUCAGUUCUGAAGAGUGGGUGUUUUCUUGGAAAUAGAGUAUUUCAAAAUAUCGGGGCUCAGGAAUAUAAGGUUUUGAAUUUUCUAAUCUCAUUGUUUUCUCGGUAAUAAAGACUAUCUGAUCUUAUAAUAAUAUACUUUUUACCUCAUCUUUCUUUGCUUUAUGCCUUUAUGGCCGUUACCAAAAUUUUAUAUUUCAUGGGUUUUCAGAAUAAAGAGUCUAAUCUUGUUUUUCUGAUUUGAUUUUUUUUUUCUUUUCUUCUGUUAUAGCUUUGCUUGCAUAUCAUAGACAAUUCAGCCUAAUCUUGUUGGGUCUUCUUACUAUAAAGAACUGUUUUUAUCUUGUAUAUUUUCCUGUUUCUUUCAAGAUAAUUUGACUAUCAAUUUCCAUGGUAAUUGAAUAUCUUGGUUAGUUUUCUGACUAGUGAAUAUGUGGUCGCAGGUCCUGCACCACUAUACGUGCUAUGUUUCCAGUAACUGUGCUUAAGAACCUAACUUGUUUUGUGUAUAAAGACGCUCAGAGACCAGACCUUCCUUUUUUUCAUUUUAUUAGUUUUUUGUUUAAUACUUUUUUCUUCCUAAUUGUUAUUAUUCUUUCUAUUUUCUAUAUUGUGUAUAGCCAGAUGUCAGUCUCGGAAGUGUUGUAUAAAUUGAAGAUGGGGCUAGGUCAGAAUCUUUGUGGAACUUGUGAAAAGCUCGCUUUUCAACUCUUGCCAUGAAUAAGAAUAUUUUUAUACUGUGCUCUUUGGUUUUGGUUUUGGUUUUGUAGGAGGAUGAGUUUGGAGUAAAUCACAUGAUAUUUGGGAGGUGAAUGGCUGAAAUUGCUGCUCACGCUGCUACCUUGUGCUAUGUUGUGGCUGUUGCUGUGCUGAGAUCCUGUGAAUGGGACUAAGGUUAUAAUUGAACAGUGAGGAGCUGAUACAAAUGAUGGCAGUGAAAGAGAUUGGGGUUUGUGGUAUGGAGUUGCGAUGGAUGGUCGUAUGUGUACAAUAGAUGAACAACAUGAUGUGGGAAACAUGGGCUCAUAUCAUCUUCAGAGCUAUGAAUUGUCUCAUAAACCUUAACAUAUUUACUUACCUGGAUUUAAAAGGAGUGGGAACUUUGUUGUUUGCUUGUGAUGUGGAUGUGAUCGAUACGUUGUGUUAAUGUAAGAAACAGCUAUUUCGGCUAGGUUAUUUAGCUGAGAAAACGGUAAAACAAAAAUAUUUUGGCGGCAGAAUAGGGUAGCCUUCCUUGUCUAUCCUUGCUUUGGAAGUUACGGUGGGGAGGAUUAUUCUGUCUAGGGUUUCGUUGGCCUUGUGAAAAUGGUUUAUUUCAUUAGUGUUCUCACAUGGUUUUCUUUUAUUUUUGCGUACUUAAUUUGUUUGGUGUUUAUUACCCUUCAGAGUAUGGGUGAUGAAGCAGGGAAUUAUACUGAACUAUGCUGAUCACUUGGACAAUCGUAUUGGUUAAAUAAAGCCCUAAUGUGUAAAAGUUAUUAAAUUGAGUUAAUCAUAUCCA